CAAGUGUCGCAGCAAACCAACGGGCCGUGCGCAGCAGGCGAAAAAUAGGUCUGUACCACAGCCAGGAGCGGCAGAAGGGCCAGACACCUUCCGCCAACUUCCCGUUUGCCCAUCUCUUGCCUCGAUCGCCUUCGACCUGCCUCGACCCGCCUCGAUCUUCUUCGACCUGCCUCGACCCGCCUCCUUCGAAAGCAGCACGCCAUGUCCUCGUUCCGGGAGUAUCAGCCCAAGAUCGUCGACGGAAAAUAUGAGAACAUCUGGACCCAUGCCAGCGACGGCAACAUCGAGGCCAUCGAGAAAGAGCUCGCCACCGGCAUUGAUGUCAACGUCGGCGACCAAUUUGGAUACACGAUGGUCCAUGCCGCCGCUUCAUAUGCACAGAUCGAGCUGCUCAAUCUGCUGAUCAAAAAGUACGGCGCCGAAGUCAACGUCUGCGAUCGGGAAGGCGAUACCCCGCUGCACUACACCGAGACCGUCGAGGUUGCCAAGAUCCUGAUUGAAAACGGAGCCGACCCUACCAUCCCUAACGAUAAGGGUCAUCUGGCGAUCGACAAGGCCGACCAUGAGGAGCUGGGGGAGUUGGUCGAGUAUCUCAGACAAUUCACUCCGGAUCACGAGAUCCAGCCCGAGCUUUCCGUCGGCAUCAUCGAUCCAGUGACCUCCGAAUUCAUCCAUGUGAAGGACCUCGAAGGCGAGCUGCAGGAGCAGGUCCUCGAUAUGUAUCUGGAGAGCAUCAUCCGCUCCAAGAUUGUCGAAGACGACUACGACUGCUAGGCUCCUUGACAGCCGAGCGGAUUGAAGCAGAUGUACAGCUUGGUGGUGGUGCCGAGGAGUCAAGCCUGGCAGCCAACCGAGCUAUUCGUUCUUGUGCUGUUAAUUCAGAAGAAACAGAUCCAUUACAUGCGAUGGCCCUUUGCAGCGAAUGGGCUUACUGCUGUUGCUGAAGGACACACCUUUGGUCUCCCCAGGACCGGAUGCCCCCUGUUCCGCACAAACUAUCAAUACACCUGAGGGAACCUUCGGUGUGCUUUGUGGAUGCUGGUUUGGAAUCAGCGCCACACACCGCCACACACCGCCACUGGUUGCCAAUUUUGUCGAAAUGAAA